GCUCAACACAAAAUGGCUGCACAACAUCAUCUGACCUUUCUCUUGACCAUCCUCGGUCGUCAAGACGAAAGCACAAAUGGCUGAAAGGUCACCGCAGGCGACGCGCAAAGAAGCGCAGCAGGACGAAGCAGACGCCGAACAUGGUAGCGACUCAUCCGACCUCGCGAUGAGCGACUCAGCGAAAAUGCGCAAAAUCUACAGGAAACUGGACCUCCGCAUCAUACCGCCGUUCUGGCUUCUCUACUUCCUCUGCUCCGCAGUUCGAAGUAAUGUUGGUCUGGCUCAGACCAUGAACACCUCGAGUGGCCACGAUCUCGGAACGUAUCUCGGAAUUUCCGCUCAUCAAGUCUCCACUGGUUUAGCGCUGUUCUACGUCAGCUAUGUGGUCUUCGAGGUUCCCAGCAACCUGGCAAUGAGCAAGCUCUCGCCUUCAAAAUGGCUUGCACGGAUCGUGAUCAGUGUUGGAAUCAUCGGAACAGCCAUGGUGGGGAUGAAAGACGCUGCAGGGUACUAUGUGUUGCGGUUCCUACUUGGAGCCGUCGAAGCCGGCAUGUGGCCCGGGAUGUCGCUCUUCCUGACGAUGUUCUAUCCUCCUCAUCGAAUGGCAAAGCGGAUCGGAUGGUACUUCACAGCAUCGCAGGUGUCGGCCGCCGUGGUGGGGCUUGUCAGCGCGGGUUUCCAGGAGAUGGAUGGCGCCGGAGAUCUCGUUGGCUUCCAAUGGAUGUUCCUGAUCUGGGGCCUUGUGACGUUGGUAUGCGGCUUCGGCCUCGUUUGGUGGCUUCCCGACCGACCUCUUGCACCUGGCGAGGAACCCAAGGUGACUUGGUUGAACCGCUAUCUUCCGACUGUCAGGCCUGCGUUGCAGGGAGAAGACGCUAUUCUACAUUAUCAGGAUUUGAAACAGGCGUACCAUAACAGUAACUGGACGAUGAAAGACCUGUGGAACGUCAUGAUCGACUGGCGAUUCUGGCCUCUGCUCGUGAUGUAUUUUGGCGUGGUGGGUGUGGGCAACGGUGUGCAGUCGUACGGAACAGUCAUUCUCAGGGCGAUCAACCCCUCCUUCACUGGUGUGGAGCUCAGCCUGCUGUAUGCUCCAAUAUGGAUUUGCGAUCUCAUUGGCAUACUUUGCGUAACGCCAAUUAGUGACCGCUUCUACAAGCAUAGGGCUUUAUGGUUCAGCUUGCCGACUGCCUUACAGAUACUGGGGCUCCUUGUCACAACAUAUGCUGGCGACUCGGCAUCAGCCAGGUGGGGCCGCUACGUUGGUUUGCUGAUCGUUGGGUUUGGCCUGGGUCCUACUGUACCAAUCACAAUGACAUGGACCGCGGAGAUCUUCCAGCCACGGCAUGGUGAGAUUGGUGUUGCGGCUGCAUCUGCUCUGGUCUCCGGAUUGGGAAAUCUAGGCAGUGUUGUGACGAACUAUGCGCUUUUCUCCGGAUGGCCUGAGGACAGACUCCGGUCGCCAGUGUAUCUGGGCUCUAACUGGGUCAUGAUCGCAAUGCUUAUUGCUAGCAUAGCAAGCAGUUUUCUCAUGACUUUGCUGCUGCGAGUUACAGCCAACUCGAGAGUAGCAAAAUAGCAGAAACUAGAUUGUGCAUCUCAUUGCCGGAAUCUGCCCAAGCAGAUGAUCGUCAAUCCUCACUUCUUCUCGCCAUCUAAUC